AUGCCUCCACUUCCUCCGUCGUCCCGUGGCUUCUUAAAGCUUCGUUCUCCCCAUCACACUUCACGCCUUCUCACUCCAGCACCACAAUGUCUCGCUCAAGCGGCCGCCCAACAACAGCGGCGAACGCGAGCAACAGCAGCAGAGGAACACUCCGGCGAGUACGACCGCACGCCCAAAUUCGACUCGCCUUUCAAAAGCAAGGAAGCGAACCCAACAACCAACAUUCCCAGCUUCAAAAACUACAUGAGUAAAAGGCCGGAGACGAGUAACAAAUUGUUCCAGUAUUUCAUGGUCGGAGGCAUGGGCUUGCUGAGUGCUGCGGGGGCCAAGGCGACGGUGCAAGAUUUCUUGGUCAACAUGUCCGCCUCUGCCGACGUUUUGGCGCAGGCCAAGGUCGAGAUCGAUCUGGGACAAAUCCCAGAGGGCAAGAAUGUCAUUAUCAAGUGGCGCGGAAAGCCAGUGUUCAUUCGGCAUCGAACGGCGGAUGAGAUCAAAGAGGCGGAGGGGGAGAAGUGGGAGCAGCUCCGGGAUCCUCAGCCGGAUAGUGAGAGGGUCAAGAAGCCGGAGUGGUUGAUAAUGCUAGGCGUGUGUACGCAUCUGGGAUGUGUGCCAAUAGGGGAAGCGGGCGAUUUCGGUGGUUGGUUCUGCCCUUGCCACGGGAGCCAUUAUGAUGUUAGCGGGCGGGUGAGGAAAGGUCCUGCACCAUUGAACUUGGAGAUACCGAUGUACGAUUUCCCAGAGGAGGAAAAGGUGAUCAUUGGUUGA